AUGACUGGAAAAAUAACAUUCACUUUGGACAACGAUUCGGUCUCGAAGAGAACCGAGGUUCUCAUUUUGGACCAUAAGAAUCAUAAGUUUCUACCUGUGGAGGUUUCAACGGCAACAGAACUGAUUGAUUGUGAUUAUAAGGAUUUAUUAAAUCCUUAUAUGAUCUUUUAUAUCAAUGUAUGUGCAGCUAUCCAAAUAGCUAAAAAAAAAAAACAGUUUAGACAUUUUUCGGAUUCAUUUAAAGAUAUACCUCAUCUUUGGGAAAUUGCCCCUAAAGAUGUAAAGGAUACUUAUGACCGACUUUAUAUUGGUUAUAGGAAACUAAAACCAAAGACUAUAAAAUUCGUAUCUUGUAAUCAAAAUUUGAAUGAUACGAAUCCCGAAACUCAAUCAGGAAAAACUGAAGAAAUCGUACAAAAUUUAAUUACUCAAUCUGAAGAAACUUACCAAGAAAUUACGCUUGCUCAAUCAGGAGAAACCGAAGUUUCCCAAGAAUUUACGCAAGAUUUGAUUGCUCAAUCAGAAGUUCCCCAAGAAAGUUUCUUUGAUUUGAUUACCCAAUCGGAUGAUUUAAAUACUCAGUCGGGAGGAAUUCAAUAUCUCUAUGCUGAGAAUAAUUUAUUAACCUUUUUAGAUAAUAAUUUAGAAAAUUUUGAAUUUUCCUCUUCAAUGCCAUUAUCCGAUCGUGAAGAAACAUCUUCGCAAUAUAUGGAUAAUUAUAUCUUUCGAAACGAAUGGGGAUAA